UGCUAUGACUCAAAAUUAACUUCAGACAAGUGAGCAAUAAAUAUGGCAAAGAGUGGCAUUUUGGUGAUUUUAUCAGCUCUUCUUCUUACAGUUUGUGUUGUAGCUGAAGAAGAAAAGGAAUAUGUGUUGACUUUGGACCAUUCUAACCUUACUGAUACUAUUUCUAAGCACAACUUCAUUGUUCUUGAAUUCUACGCCCCUUGGUGUGGGCACUGUAAGAGUCUUGCUCCCGAGUAUGAAAAAGCUGCCUCAGAGCUGAGUAGUCACGACCCUCCAAUUGUUCUAGCUAAGUACGAUGCAAGUGAUGAAGCCAAUAGAGAACUUGCAGGACAGUACGAGAUCCAGGGUUUCCCGACUAUCAAGAUCUUGCGGGAUGGAGGAAAGAAAGUUCAAGAAUAUAACGGCCCUCGCGAUGCAGCCGGUAUUGUAGCCUAUUUGAAGAAACAAGUGGGUCCCGCAUCUGCUGAAAUCAAGUCGAAGGAGGAUGCCUCAAACCUUAUUGAUGAGAAAAAGAUCUUUGUUGUCGGUAUAUUUCCAGACCUAUCCGGAGAGAAAUUUGAGAACUAUUUAGCACUAGCUGAAAAACUGCGAGCUGAGAUCGAUUUUGCUCACACUGUUGAUGCUAAACACCUCCCUCGGGGCGGGCCAGUCAAUAAGCCCACUCUUCGUCUUCUAAAGCCAUUUGAUGAACUCUUUGUUGAUUUUGAGGAUUUUCAAGUCGAUGCAAUGGAGAAGUUCAUUGCAGAAUCUAGUAUUCCUAUUGUUACUGUUUUUGACAAUAAACCAGAAAAUCAUCCUUAUGUUAACAAGUUCUUUGAGGGCACCAACGCCAAGACACUCCUAUUUGUGAACUUUAGCACUGAGCUUGAUGCUUUUAAGUCCAAGUACAACGAUGUUGCCGCGCUUUAUAAAGGGGCCGGUGUGAGCUUUCUCUUGGGUGAUGUUGAGGCUGGUGAAGGUGCUUUUGAGUACUUCGGACUGAAGCCCGAACAGGCACCUGUCAUCAUCAUAAUGGACGCUGAUGAUCAGAAGUACAUUAAGGACCAUGUGGAACCUGAUACCAUUGCUGCUUUUUUGAAGGAUUACAAGGAUGGCAAAUUGAAGCCACAUAUAAAAUCGCAGCCCAUCCCUGAAACCAACGAUGAACCUGUUAAGGUGGUUGUUAGGGAUACCCUCCAGGAUAUGGUUUACAACUCAGGAAAAAAUGUACUGUUAGAGUUCUAUGCACCUUGGUGUGGUCACUGCAAGAGCCUAGCUCCAAUUUUGGAUGAAGUGGCUGUAUCAUUUGAAAGCGAUCCAGAUGUUCUGAUUGCUAAACUGGACGCAACCGCAAAUGAUCUCCCGAAAGGUGACUUCGACGUUCAGGGAUUCCCUACUAUAUACUUCAGAUCUGCCUCUGGUAACUUGUCACAGUACGACGGUGGGAGAACAAAAGAGGCGAUCAUCGAAUUUAUCGAGAAGAAUCGUGAUAAGCCUGUUCAGUCAGACUCUGCCAAAGCCGAUUCGGCAAAGGAUGAACUUUAGAGGACUUUGGGAAACAUUCUGUAUUGGCGGAUUCAAGUUUUGUUGGGGAGUUGCUGUUUCCAUUCUCCCCCGCAACCUCCCAUGCGACCCCCUUUCCCGACUGCUGAUCUCCCGAUGCACUUUUCGCUUCCUCUGCUUCCCUUCUAGGUUUUGGUGCUUUUUAGCGCCAAUAGAACGGUUGUAUGUAUCCAUUUAUGUAUCGAAUGUAGGAUAAUAAGUUGUUAUCAAUUGAGAAGCCUACUAUUUUAGCAUCAAUAAAUCUACUUAUCUUCUUGGCCCGAAA